CAGUAGUACUUCCGGUUUGCGGUCCACGUGUAGUGACUGAGCUGUCAGAGAGCACCUGGUGAGUAAAUGGCUCCAGAAAGGGGUUUAUUGAUUAUUCCCGAUCGAUAAUCAAUUCCCCUGAUCUCAUUGAGGAUCAGAAGUUGCUGUGACCGCUGGUACCCGCACACAGCCAGAAUGGGGUGGGCUUUACAGGGCUGGUUACCAUGGUUACAGGUAAUUAUCAGCAAUUUAUAUAAACUACCUUUAUUAAUAAGAAGAACAUCAACACAAUCCUGUCUGCUGGGAGGAUGUGUCCCAUUAUAAUGAGUACUGCUGGAUUACACCUCCCAUCAAUCUCAGUACAAUUCUGGCUGAGGCUGGUGGGAGUUAAUCUAUAGAUCUGCUGUAAUGGUGAGGCAACCUGUUGCUAAACAAAGUCAGCUACUGUGAAAUAUAACUCCAAUCAUCCUCAUCCAGAGGUUAGCUAAGCCUUAAAGGAACACUAUAGUCACCUAAAUUACUUUAGCUAAAUAAAGAAGUUUUAGUGUAUAGAUCAUUCCCCUGCAAUUUCACUGCUCGAUUCACUGUCAUUUAGGAGUUAAAUCACUUUGUUUCUGUUUAUGCAGCCCUCGCCACGGGACAUAGUAAAAGGAAUGACAGAGUGGAAUGCCCAUAGACUUUGACAAGGCAGUGGAAUGCCCAUAGAGAAUAAUGGAAACAAAAUAUUUCAAUUAGAGACAAAACUAUUACACAUAUGAAAUCCAUAUUUUGCCACAAUAUUCUCCAGAUUCAGUGUCAAUUUUUGAAAUUGAAAUUAAGUGGGAUUAUCAUUGUUUUCUAUAGAAUAACAAUGGUGAAUGACUAAAGAGAAUGCCCAUAGACUAUAAUGGGAGGCAACACAAAAACUCAUUUGCAGGUAAAUCUCUGUUAUGUAGCAAAUUUAUCUUUUCCACAGGUGUUCCCCAAGUACAGCAGUAGAUUGUAAAAUUAAAAGUAACUGGGAUUAUAGCUCUUUUCUAUGGAAUGACAGGUAAAUGAUGCAAUGGAAUGCCCAUAGAGUAUAAUGGCAAGUAAUAUGUGACUUGGAAUCUGAACCGUGAAACAUAUCAAGUAAAGCUUUUGCAGGCAUACUCUGCGAGUUCAGUGGCAAUUUUUGAAAUUGAGAUUAAGUGGGAUAAUCAUUGUUUUCUAUAGAAUGACAAUGGUGAAUGACUAAAGAGAAUGCCCAUAGACUAUAAUGGGAGGCAACACAUAAACUCAUUUGCAGGUAAAUCUGUGUUAUGUAGCAAAUUCAUCUUUUCCACAGGUGUUCCCCAAGUACAGCAGUAGAUUGUAAAAUUAAAAGUAACUGGGAUUAUAGCUCUUUUCUAUGGAAUGACAGGUAAAUGAUACAAUGGAAUGCCCAUAGAGUAUAAUGGGAAGCAAUAUGUGACUUGGAAUCUGAACCGUGAAACAUAUCAAGUAAAUCUUUUGCAGGCAUACUCAACGAGUUCAGUGGCAAUUUUUGAAAUUGAGAUUAAGUGGGAUUAUCAUUGUUUUCUAUAGAAUGACAAUGGUGAAUGACUAAAGAGAAUGCCCAUAGACUAUAAUGGGAGGCAACACAUAAACUCAUUUGCAGGUAAAUCUCUGUUAUGUAGCAAAUUUAUCUUUUCCACAGGUGUUCCCCAAGUACAGCAGUAGAUUGUAAAGUUAAAAGUAACUGGGAUUAAAGCUCUUUUCUAUGGAAUGACAGGUAAAUGAUACAAUGGAAUGCCCAUAGAGUAUAAUGGGAAGCAAUAUGUGACUUGGAAUCUGAACCGUGAAACAUAUCAAGUAAAUCUUUUGCAGGCAUACUCUACGAGUUCAGUGGCAAUUUUUGAAAUUGAGAUUAAGUGGGAUUAUCAUUGUUUUCUAUAGAAUGACAAUGGUGAAUGACUAAAGAGAAUGCCCAUAGACUAUAAUGGGAGGCAACACAUAAACUCAUUUGCAGGUAAAUCUGUGUUAUGUAGCAAAUUCAUCUUUUCCACAGGUGUUCUCCAAGUACAGCAGUAGAUUGUAAAAUUAAAAGUAACUGGGAUUAUAGCUCUUUUCUAUGGAAUGACAGGUAAAUGAUACAAUGGAAUGCCCAUAGAGUAUAAUGGCAAGUAAUAUGUGACUUGGAAUUUGAACCGUGAAACAUAUCAAGUAAAUCUUUUGCAGGCAUACUCUACGAGUUCAGUGGCAAUUUUUGAAAUUGAGAUUAAGUGGGAUUAUCAUUGUUUUCUAUAGAAUGACAAUGGUGAAUGACUAAAGAGAAUGCCCAUAGAUUAUAAUGGGAGGCAACACAUAAACUAAUUUGCAGGUAAAUCUGUGUUGUGUAGCAAAUUCAUCUUUACCACAGGUGUUCCCCAAGUACAGCAGUAGAUUGUAAAAUUAUCUGGGAUUAUAGCUCUUUUCUAUGGAAUGACAGGUAAAUGAUGCAAUGGAAUGCCCAUAGAGUAUAAUGGGAAGCAGUAUGUGACUUGGUAUCUGAACCGUAAAACAUAUCAAGUAAAUCUUUUGCAGGCAUACUCUACGAGUUCAGUGGCAAUUUUUUGAAAUUGAGAUUAAGUGGGAUUAUCAUUGUUUUCUAUAGAAUGACAAUGGUGAAUGAAUUAAGAGAAUGCCCAUAGAGUAUAAUGGGAAGUAGAACAAAAAAUGCAAAAUGCAGUCUGUCUCAGAGUGUACGUAAGAUCAGCAGCAUAGCCUGGAAAUAUAUAUACAACGGUAUAGUGUAAUACCAACCCUGGCUUACUAGAUAGAAACCGUAAGAAAACCUAUAGUAAUAGAGUAAAAAACAUAAAUAAAAGUGAUACUAUAAUUCUAUGCCAGACCAGGAUAUAAUGGAUAGGGAUAUCAGAGUAUAGCCUAUAACGUAGCACCACCCUAAACAUCUGCUUUAUUAUAAUAUGCUAUAAGGGUGGAGAUACUCAAAAAGGUAAAUCCCAUAUAAUAAUCAAUCCUAGAAAGUGUCUAGAGUUGAAAUCAAUAUGACAUAAGCUCAGAGUCCAGCUAUAGUAAAAAGAUAGAAGGAUAGAGGUAAUAAAUAAAUGAAAAACCAGUCAAAAAAUAGACUGAUGGUAAGAUUAAGUUACAAAGCCUUUCUCCCUGUAAAUCUAGCUAGACAGGCAUAGAACAGAAAUAAGAAUAGAAUAAGUAUAGUGUCAAAUCAUGGUGCUACAACCACCAGUGCCCAGUGCUCAUAUCAAGUGAUAUGAGUGAAAUGCCCAUACUGGGCACUGGUGGUUGUAGCACCAUGAUUUGACAAUAUACUUAUUCUAUUCUUAUUUCUGUUCUAUGCCUGUCUAGCUAGAUUUACAGGGAGAGAGGCUUUGUAACUUAAUCUUACCAUCAGUCUAUUUUUUGACUGGUUUUUCAUUUAUUUAUUACCUCUAUCCUUCUAUCUUUUUACUAUAGCUGGACUCUGAGCUUAUGUCAUAUUGAUUUCAACUCUAGACACUUUCUAGGAUUGAUUAUUAUAUGGGAUUUACCUUUUUGAGUAUCUCCACCCUUAUAGCAUAUUAUAAUAAAGCAGAUGUUUAGGGUGGUGCUACGUUAUAGGCUAUACUCUGAUAUCCCUAUCCAUUAUAUCCUGGUCUGGCAUAGAAUUAUAGUAUCACUUUUAUUUAUGUUUUUUACUCUAUUACUAUAGGUUUUCUUACGGUUUCUAUCUAGUAAGCCAGGGUUGGUAUUACACUAUACCGUUGUAUAUAUAUUUCCAGGCUAUGCUGCUGAUCUUACGUACACUCUGAGACAGACUGCAUUUUGCAUUUUUUGUUCUUUUGUCUGUUUAUUUGGGGUUAAGCCCCUUCGAGAUACCUGGAAUCUCGUUUCGGUACACUAGUCCCUGUGUGGCACCUGUUGAUCUCUUCCCCCCUCUGGCUCCAUUCUGGGGGGAGUUUAUACAGGUGGAUACACAGAGACGUAGAACCCUGUGUUCUUUAUUAUUAUUUUUUUCUUAUAAUGGGAAGUAGAAUAUAAACUCAUUUGCAGGGAAAUCUGUGUUACAUAGCAAAUUAACCUUUGCCACAGGGGUUCCCCAAGUACAGCAGCAGAUUGUAACAUUAAAAGUAACUGGGAUUAUAGCUCUUUUCUAUGGAAUGACAGGUGAAUGAUACAAUGGAAUGCCCAUCGAGUAUAGUGUAUAUCAACUCUUUUGUAAGGAAAUCUGAAAGACAUAGCAAGUUAAACAUAGCAUCCCUCCUUAGACAAUUUAGACUACAGCAUUUAGCCUACAACUACAGCCCCUAACCCUUAAUUGCAGCCCACAUCCCCCUACUACAGACCCUACACCCUACUACAGUCCUUUAGUCCCCACUACAGCCCCCAUACUCUACUUUAACCCAUAACCCCCUACUACAGCCCUGUAACAAACUACCCUUCUUCAUUGGCUUUUGGAGAGGCCUUCUUGACAGCCUCUUGCCCUGUGACUAUGGCCCCUGGGUUGUAUUGCCCUUUAAAAACUCUAUUUGUGCCUAUUGUAUUUUGGAGCACUGUUUCUGCCCCUUUAAAUGGUACUGGUACAGUUCUGCACUUUUGAAGUGGCACUUCGGAUGCAGCUGAAGUGCCGAAGUAGUCGAAGAAGCUGCCAUUCGACAUACGAACACGUGGCGGCGGCCAUUUUAAUUCAGUCGAAAGCGUUCAGCGGUGUCUAGUUGUCGAGUUCAUGGAACUCAAAUCGGAUAUGCGACGGGACGAACACCGCUGAACUUUACCUUCUCCAGACUUCGACGCUUCGACUGGAGUCGAAAACUGUUUGACAAUUCGAACAGCACUUUAACAUUGACUGUUUGCACAAAUGGUUGCCGUUCGUCUAAUUGAACUAAAUCUGACUGUCUGCCAGAGUCUGUGUGUGUGUGUGUGUGUUUGUGGCUGUCUGCCUCUGUGUGGCUGUCUGCCUCUGUGUGGCUGUCUGCCUCUGUGUGUUUGUGUGGCUGUCUGCCUGCCUGUGUGUGUUUGUGUGGCUGUCUGCCUGUGUGUGUGUGUGUGUGGCUGUCUGCCUGUGUGUGUGUGUGACUGUAUGUGUGUGACUGUGUGUGUGGCUGUCUGCCUGUGUGUGUAUGUGUGUGACUGUGUGUGGCUGUCUGCCUGUGUGUGUUUGUGUGUGUGACUGUCUGCCUGUGUGUGUGUGGCUGUCUGCCUGUGUAUGUGUGUGGCUGUCUCCCUGUGUGUGUGACUGUCUGCUUGUAAGUAUGUGUGUGUGGCUGUGUGUGUGUGUGUGUAAGACUGUAUGUGUGGUUGUCUGCCUGUGUGUGUGUGGCUGUCUGCCUGCCUGUAAUUGUGUGUGAGUAUGUUUAUCUACCUGUAACUGUGUAUGUGUGUUACUGCCUGAUCCUGUGUAUGUGACUAUCUGCCUGCGACUAUGUGCAUGUGGUGUCUUUGACAGUGUAUAUGUAUAACUGUGUUCAUCUGACUGUGGGACUGUGUGCACAUAACUCUGCAAAAAUAUACACCUGCAUUCACACACAAGCCUAAAUGCAUGUUUUUAUUUGAAUUAAAUACCCAACACACACAGCCAAUAAAUCCAGCACAAAUAUCACAUACAACCAAUACACACAUACACACACAGUUAAUACACCCAAUACAGAUAUCACACAUAGCAUAUAUAUCACACAGUCAUCACACCUAUCACAUACACAGACAACACAAACAUUACAUCAUACAUGGAUGACGGGGGAGGGGGGGGCGCUGUGAAGAUUUUUCGCACAGGGCGCCUAAAGGCCUAAGGGUGGCCCUGAAUGUAACACAUGGUUUCAUACUUACCUCUUAGGUGACAUUAUGUAUGUAUUGCCUCAUCUUAGACCAUGUGUAACUACUGUUUUAUUUUUUUCUUACUUAUCUCAUACUGCGAACAGUUGUAAUUUAUAUGUGCAAACUACAAUAAAAUAUAAAUUAUAAAAAAAUAAAUAAAUAAAGCCUCAGUUCCUUCUGUUCCUGCUUAACCUUCAAUACAUAGUCUUGUCUCGUUAUUGUAGGGAACUGCUAUACUUUUAUUCUCCCCUGAGCUCUAAUCACUUAGCUCUUUUAAGAGCUGUUCCUGAUACGCUCUCCUGGAGGAGAGGUCUUUCCCACACGGUCCUGGAGGACAGAGGUUGAUCCAGGGUGGAAGGAAGACGGUGUGACUCCAGUUAAGCUACGGCGGUUGUGGAGUCUGCGGUGGUUGUGGUUAUGGUCCUCGGCGUCAGCUAGGAAGCGUCCGUCUACGGAGGUGCCCAAUCGGGGUACCAGGUGAUCCGUUACAAGCCCCUUACUGUAAAAUUGCAGCCUCCAUACCCUACUACAGCCCCAAACUCCCUACUAAAGCCCCUUUAAUCCAACAACAGCCCCUAACCCAACUACAGCACCGAACCUCCACUACAGCCCCUUAUUCCCACUGAACCCCCAUACCCCAAAGUAGCUCAUAUCCAGCCCUAAGCACCCUACUACAGUCCCAUACCCCCACCCCUACUGCAGCACCUAUCCCACACUACAGUACCUACCCCCAAAUGUAGCCCAGAACCCCUCACUAUAGUCCUUAUCCCCCACUGCAGCCCCUAACUUCCCUACUACAGCCUCUAUCCCUCCAACUAAAACCCCUAUUCUCUUACCACAGUCCCUAUCCCCCACUACAGUCACUCUUAUCCAAUUGCAGCUCAUAUCCCCCACAUUACAGCCUUUUUUCCUCCAAGUGCAGCCAUUCCCCAAUUCAGCCCCUGACCCCAUACCACAGCCAUUAUCUCCCCACUAGGCUCCCCCGGGGCAGGCGGCCAGUGGCUUCCUGGGCGGGCGGCAAGGCAGCACUUUCAAUGCAACCCGCAAUGAUGCCGGGAGCCGGAAUAUGACAUCAUAUUCCGGCUCCCGGCAUCACUCUGCGGCGCGCGAGGGAGCUGAGGGGAAAGUGCUCCCUCACUGAAAACUGCACGUCUGGCCGCCUCCCUGCCCAGCAGCCCCACUGGACCCCAGGUGAGAAGUCCACGCAGCUAUCCCAAACGUAGGGAGGCUGGGUGGAUUUAAAUAAAUAAAAAAUAAUAAUAAUAAUUGCGAGUGUGAGAAAAUGUGUGUUAGUGAAUGUGAGUGUGUCAGUGAAUGUGAGUGUGUGUUUCAAUGAGUGAGUGUGUGUCUGUCAGUCAGUGCGUGCGUCUGUCAGUGUGAGUGUGUGUCUAAGUGUAUGUCUGUCUAUCAGUGUGUCAAAUCAGUGAGUGUGUGUAUGUCAUUUUUUUGUCAGUGUAUAUGAGAGUGUGAGUCUGUCAGUAAGUGUGCGUCUGUCAGUCAAAGUGCAGCCUUGACAUGAAGGGGUGGGGAAAAUUUUAAUUAGGGGGGGUGCCCGAGCACCGUCCUGCCUAGGGCAGCACAAAACCUAAAUACACCACUGAUUAGGUAUACAUAUCUGUAUUCUUUACACUACAGUCCUGAUGCACCUUAAUAAAUAGGUCUCUGUGGCAAAACUAGCCACUUGGACUAACUUGGACAAUAUGUGGGAAAAGUUGCCUGUAUCUUUAUUGUGCUGUACUAUGUGCCUGGCUGUAAUUGACUGCCUUCUCUGUAUGUUUCAUUGAUCUGUCAGCUAUCUGCCAAAAGCAGGUAGCCUUACUGUGUUUCGUUUCACGAACAGCGCCUUUGCGAGCUGUUCGUGAACCGAAUUAACUAUCUUUUAAUAGCCCACACACUAAGGGACGUGUGGCGCUUGUUAACCGAUUGCAACAAUGUUGCAAUUGGUAAUUAGAGGCUCUCCUAGGUGGCCGUCGUUCGGGCUACCGACCACACGGCGGUCAGCCAUCUUGGAUCCUUUGUUCCCCCCCAGCGGUGUUUGGUCGUCGAGCGCAUGGAACUGAAAACAGCUACUCGACGGCGCAAACGGUAUUUUGGGGCAAACUCUAUGGCAAAGUGUAUUUCGUGCGCGUUCGGUUGUUUUAGCUGGGAUCUGAGCGGGGUUCUCACGAACUGUGCAUUCAGACCCCAGCUAUCUACCGAACGUCCAUUCAUUUAAAUCUGCAAAUAUUAUUGAAGUUAUAGAUUUUAAUGUAACUUGUCGGUUCUGCUGAACAGAGGGAUAAUCCACUUAACGGUACAUUCCAGUGGGAGUGUCCCUCUCGUGCAGCAGUGCCUGAUGGGAGAAAUGCCCUGUACAUUAAGUUUCCCAUGUAGUCCACUCCUGUAAUGCCCCUGUGAUGUGACUCAGGAAACCCCUUGCAUGGGGAAUUGUAUAAAUACUGGAGCAUGUGAUUAAAGACCUCAGUUGACUCCCAGAACUGUGUUUCGUCCGGUUACUGGGGGAUUUGGGAUAUUGCCUUACUUUUCAGCGCUUGACUGUGGAUUACUUUCUGUACCAGCGGAAUUCGUGGGAUUUAAUAUUGCCGAUCCGCUAUAGUCUCCCCCUCUAAAGAGUAAAAAAAAAAAAAUCAAAAUAAUUACUCACUGUAGCGGAUCGGCAGUAUUAAAUCCAUGAAUUCCGCUGGUUCAGAAAGUAAUCCACAGUCAAGCGCUGAAAAGCAAGGCAAUAUCCCAAAUCUCCCAGUAACCGGACGAAACACAGUUCUGAGAGUCAACUGAAGGCUUUAUUCACAGCUCUGCAAUUUAUACAAUUCCCCAUGCAAGGGGUUUCCUGAGUCACAUCCCAGGGGCAUUCCCAGAGUGGACUACGUGGGGAACUUAAUGUACAGAGCCUUUCCCCCAUCAGGCACUGCUGCACGAGAGGGAUCCUCCCACUGGAAUAUACCGUUAAGUGGAUUUACUUUAAAAUGUACAGUUCUUCGACUAUUUCGACUAUUUGCACGAAUGGACGUUCGGUAGAUAGCUGGGGUCUGAGCGCAUCAUUCGUGAGAUUACCGCUCAGAUCCCAGCUAAAACAACCGAACGCCGCACGAAAAACAUAUUCAUUAAAACACACAUUCAAAAGACCGAUUGAAGUAUAGGGAAUAUAAUACCGAACGGCCCGGAACUCCCGAACAGCCUGGAAGUUCAGCACCUCUAAGUGUGUGGGCUAUUACAUGGUGGUUAUUUCGGUUCACGAACGGCCCGCAAAGGUGCCGUUCGUGAAACGAAAUGGAAUACAGCUAUCUGUGUUCGGCAGAUAGCCAAUACAGGAAAUACAAGGUAUUACAGCCAGCAUACAUUAUACUUAUGCACACACAUACCCCACAACCAUACAGGCAACCCUUAAAGGUACAGUCUCUUUAUAUUGUCCAAGUGGCUAGGUUUGCCACACUCACCCUUCCAGACUUGAUGCCCCCUCCUGCUUUAGCGCCACCCGGAUGAUGGGUCUAUCCAAUGCACAUCAGAGAGGAGUAUUGUGUGCCUGAGGCACAUGCAAUGAUUCUCUAUUGCCGACCAUGACAGCACUGUGCAUGCAUGCGUAACGUCAAGGUAUGUUACAGUAUGAGAAUUGGGAAGUAAGAUUCCUGGCUCUCAUACCCAGAAGGCUUGGAGACAUGUUUUGAGGUCGCUCUUCUAAGCCCUAUAUUUAGACACACACACGCAUAAGGACAUACAGACACUGACAUACAUUCACACAGACAUACAUUCAUACUGGCAUACACUGACACUGGCAUACAUACAUACUGAUAGACAUAUAUACAUGCAUACAGACACUGAUAUCCAUACACACACACAUACAUACAUACACACAGACAUACAUUCAUAUUGACAUACAGACAUACAUUGGUACUGGUAUACAUACAUAUAUACAUACUGACAUGCAUGCAUACAGACACUGACUUCCAUACAUACACACAGAUAUACAUUCAUACAGACAUACAUUCAUACUCAUGCAUACAUACAUAUAUACAUACUGACAGACCUACAUAUAUACACAUACUGACAGACAUACAUAUAUACAUAAUGACAGACAUACACACUGACACAGACAGCUCAUUUGUCAGCCACCCUCCUGUUUCUUACUGUUUCUUUGCAGGAGGGUGACUGGGGCUGAUGGGAGUCAGCAUGGCUCUCCCUCUUCAAGGCCUCCACGCUGGCUCUCCUCCUGCGCAUAGUGAGCUGGGAGGAAGUGACCGGCCGUCAUUUCCUCCAAGCAGCACUUGCGUUACGGCUGCAUUUUUUUUUUAUGCAAGGGGCCCUGUUGCGCUAUAACACGGUCACAGCGCUGACAGUGCCCCUGAAGAUAUAGGGCCCAUCGGGUGGCCCUAAGUGUGUGGGCCACCCGAUGGGCCCCAUUAGCGUGCGGCCCCAAGUGCAACUGCACUGGCGGCAGUUCCGUCGCUGCACAUGGGUCUCGGGCAAUUUCAAAAAUUUACACUGAACCUGGAGAGUAUGCCCGCAAAAGAUUUACUUGAUAUGUUUCAUGGUUCAGAUUCCACAUAUUGCUUCCUAUUAUACUCUAUGGGCAUUCCAUUGUAUCAUUUACCUGUCAUUCCAUAGAAAAGAGCUAUAAUCCCAGUUACUUUUAAUUUUACAAUCUACUGCUGUACUUGGGGAACACCUGUGGAAAAGAUGAAUUUGCUACACAACAGAGAUUUACCUGCAAAUGAGUUUGUGUUGCCUCCCAUUAUAGUCUAUGGGCAUUCUCUUUAGUCAUUCACCAUUGUCAUUCUAUAGAAAACAAUGAUAAUCCCACUUAAUUUCAAUUUCAAAAAUUGACACUGAAUCUGGAGAAUAUUGUGGCAAAAUAUGGAUUUCAUAUGUGUAAUAGUUUUGUCUCUAAUUGAAAUAUUUUGUUUCCAUUAUUCUCUAUGGGCAUUCCUUUCACUUCCAUUAUUCUCUAUGGGCAUUCCACUGCCUUGUUAAACUCUAUGGGCAUUCCAAUCUGUCAUUCCUUUUAGUAUGUCCCCCUCGCCACACCUUCCCUGGCUGUGAUUGACAGAGCCUGCAUUAAAAAAAAACAAAAAAAAAAACUGGUUUCACUUUCAAACAGAUGUAAUUCACCUUAAAUAAUUGUAUCUCAAUCUCUAAAUUGAACUUUAAUCACAUACAGGAGGCUCUUGCAGGGUCUAGCAAGCUAUUAACAUAGCAGGGGAUAAGAAAAUCUUAAUUAAACAGAACUUGCAAUAAAGAAAGCCUAAAUAGGGCUCUCUUUACAGGAAGUGUUUAUGGAAGGCUGUGCAAGUCACAUGCAGGGUGGUGUGACUAGGGUUCAUAAACAAAGGGAUUUAACUCCUAAAUGGCAGAGGAUUGAGCAGUGAGGCUGCAGGGGCAUGUUCUAUACACCAAAACUGCUUCAUUACGCUAAAGCUAUUCAGGUGACUAUAGUGUCCCUUUAACAGUAUUAUAGUCCACAAUAACUUUAUGUAACAUUAAUAUUUAAACGUGGCACUAAUACAACUUGCAAGAUUUUAUUUUAUUAUUUGUUUACUUGUUUCAUACAAAUCCCUUAAUCUUAAUAAUGCUAUCCACCUCUAUAAGAAGCUAUGGGCUGAAGAGUUGAUCUCAAUGAUUUUCUAUAAGGAGUAUUUGACCAGACAAUGUCCAGCACUAUCUAGGACUAAGUGCUGUGCAAAAAGACCAGUUCUGCAUCGUAAUAAAGGCAAGUUUUUAGGGAUUAGGAAAUUUUAAUGUUAAUUGUAGUAAAUACAUAUUUUUUAUUUUUUUUUUUUGGCAAUAAAUAUACCCAUUAAAAUAACUGGAUUUUUGUCCUUUAAGGAGAAAGAUAGUAGACUUCGUAAUAUAUGGUAGCGAUGUGAUGAGGAACACAGUGUAAAUCAAAGGUUACCUGCUCCACAAUUCAUAUUAUGGCAUUUAUUUGACAUUUCCAGUUAAUUUCUAUAUUUCUUACAGAUCCUAUGGUGUUUCAGAGAAUUUGUCCCUAAACAUGAUCUCUGUGCUGCCCAGGCUGUAUCUUGGCAGUGCCACAGAUGCCGAGAAUCCGCAACAAUUGCAUGAAAAUGGCAUCACGCAUGUACUGACUGUGGACAGCAAGGCCCCAACGACAUUGGAUUUGUUCAAAACUAAAUUUGUGCGUUUGUUUGACGAGGCCUGUGCAGACCUUCUGAGUUGUUUGCCUGAAUGUUUAAACUUUGUGAAAGAAGCCCAUGAAGUAUCUGAAUCAUCCAUCCUCGUUCACUGGUGAGUUCAUUAAUGGAACACUCCACUCAGAGAAACCACAACAGCGCUUUGUAGUGGCUAUGGUGCCAAAACUUAAUAAUUCUGCCGCUCCCUGCUUCUUCUCAGCUGCCAGGAGAGCCAGAAGGUCUUGCUUCCAUUAGAUGUCUCAAAUGGACACUAUAGUCACCUGAACAACUUUAGCUUAAUGAAGCAGUUUUGGUGUAUAGAACAUGCCCCUGCAGCCUCACUGCUCAAUCCUCUGCCAUUUAGGAGUUAAAUCCCUUUGUUUAUGAAUCCUAGUCACACCUCCCUGCAUGUGACUUGCACAACCUUCCAUAAACACUUCCUGUAAAGAGAGCCCUAUUUAGGCUUUCUUUAUUGCAAGUUCUGUUUGUUUAAGAUUUUCUUAUCCCCUGCUAUGUUAAUAGCUUGCUAGACCUUGCAAGAACCUCCUGUAUGUGAUUAAAGUUCAAUUUAGAGAUUGAGAUACAAUUAUUUAAGGUAAAUUACAUCUGUUGUGAUGAGAGUGAAACCAGUUUUUUUUUUUCCAUGCAGGCUCUGUCAAUCAUAGCCAGGGGAGGUGUGGCUAGGGCUGCAUAAACAGAAACAAAGUGAUUUAACUCCUAAAUGACAGUGAAUCGAGCAGUGAAAUUGCAAUGGAAUGAUCUAUACACUAAAACUGUUUUAUUUAGCUAAAGUAAUGUAGGUGACAGUGUUCCUUUAAACCAAGCUGUGCAGUGCAGGACCAGCUCACUGGCUGAGGUUGUCAGUUGAUCACUCUCGGCCAGUAAGCUAAGCCCUGCAAUGUUAGGUUUGGCACAGACAGAGAUCUGUCCGAUAGAGAGGAGACUGUAGUGGAGUUGGGGAGGGGUACGCAGCGGUCACCAGUUAUCCCUGGGCGGUAAUGUAAACACUGCAUUUUUUCUAAUAAGACAGUGUUUACUGCAAAAAGCCUUAAGGAUAUGAUUAUACUCACCAGAACCAAGACAAUAAGCCGUAGUUGUUCUGGUGACUAUCGUGUCCAUUUAAGCUGACUGGUUUGGGGGGUGAUUGUAUAAUUCUUUAUCAAAUAUUGCACACCAACAUUUACUAAUGUGUGAAUGGAAACUGCUGCUUUGUCUCGGUUUCCUGUCAAUGAUUGUUAUAAGCUGUAAUGGAUCACCUGGCAACCCCGACUGGGUACCUCCGUUGAAGGGUGCUCAUAACGCUUACAGAGGGCUCCAAGCGCUUCGCAGACACCACAACCACCGCAGACCCCACUAACCGCUGCAGCUUGGUUGGGGUCUUGCCGUCUCCUACCCACCCUGGAUCUACGACAAGGCUCCAGGUUCCAGUGGGUGAACCUCUCCACCAAGAGAGUGAAGCAGGAACAAGCUCUUAAAAGAGCUUAGUAGUGAUUAGCUAAGGGAGUAUGCAGAGCAUAGCAAUCCCUUGUAGUGAUAUAGUAAUUCCCCCAAUAAGAGACAGGACUCUAGAUUGAGGGUGAAGUAGAACUGUCUAUACUGGCACAUACAGCCUCUUUUAUUCACAUUCUACAAACAUAGUACUGCCCACAGGGUUUUGAAGCACAACCAAUCAACACAUUAUAACACAGCUAACACUCCCAUUCAUUACAUCAGAAAUCCUCCCCUCUGCCUGUGAUACAAUUAUCUCAACACAAUAGACUAACUUAAUUAUCACAGGCAGGAAAAUACAGUAUUAUAAAACAUAUCACAGGGACCCCAAAACAUGCAAUAACCCCAUAAAAAUAUAUCCUCGGAACCGGGGGAUCUGGGUGAACCACAUAUCCAAAAUUCACCCAGAUCCGUUCAGUAGUUUGGAAGAUACAGUUUAAUGCAGAUUCCGCAGAACAUAUACAGGCUAUAUGAAAAAUAAUUACUGUAUAAUGUGUCCCCUGUUCUAUAGUUUAAAACUACUGCACAAUGUCUUGGUGCACCAAAUACCAGCGAGAUAGCACCGUGUAGAAAAGUCCAAACCGUGUCUGUGAGUUAAAAUGGCCGCCAUCCAUUGUUCUCACCAUGUGCUUCAUCCAUUGUUCUCACCAUGUGCUUCAUCCAUUGUUCUCACCAUGUGCCUCUGAUACAUGAAAUGGUGGCCACCCAGUAGCUCCACAGAAUGUCCCCAGAUGGUUCUUAAAGAGCCAGCAGCAGCAUAUUAAAAUACAAUAUGCCCAAAUCAGUUCCUUUAAAGGGCAAUACAUCCCAGGGCCAUAGUCGCAGGGCAGCAAGCUGGAAAACGGGCCCCUCCAAAAACCAGUGGCGAGGUCACUUUUGCCACAUAAGCCCCACCCUUGGACCAGUCUGUCAGGAUAGAGGGAGCAUGGACAGCAGGAGAAGCAGUUAGGGUUAUUCACUAGUCAAUUCAAGUGCAAAUUCAAAGUGAAUUUCAAAUUUGAAGGCCAAAAAAAGCUGAAUUGAAAACUUUUUCCAAGUCCGCUAUAUUUUUAGUUUAUCUCUUUUGACCUAGAAUUUGAAAUUCCAAUUCCUGACAAUUCACACUACUUUUUUUUUUUUUUUUUUUUUUUGAAGAACCAUCAAUGUUUCCGUUUCCUCUGUUCCAUUGCAGUGUGUGCCCUGACUGUGUAAAGUAGAACUGGAUUGUGAUCUACAUUUUAAAAGAAAAUGGCGUCAAAUGAUAUUAAGGCUGAUACAAGUUCUUUGUUUAUUGGUGUACUUUGCAGGGAAGUGAUGUUUCUAUUUUACAGAUUCAUUUCUUCGUUUUUGUUUUAGCCAUGCGGGAGUGAGUCGUAGUGCUGCUGUAAUCACUGCCUACUUGAUGAGCACUGAAAACCUUCCCUUUGAAGAUGCUUACGCAAGACUACAGGCCAUCAAAGCCAAUGUAAAGUAGGUUUCCAAUUACACGUUAAAGGAACACUCCAGCCACCAUUGACAUCACAUCUCGCUGUAGUGAUUUUAAUUCCAGGAUUGGUUUGACGUCUUACCUGUGGUCCGCCGGGUGCUGCUCUCUGCCUCCACUAUCAUCUCCGGAGAGCCGGAUAUUCCUAAGUAGGAAUUUCUAUUAGCUCUCCUGUGCUAGGCCCUGCAAUGCUGGACUUAGUUCAUUGGCUGACAGCAGUCAGCUGACCCUCUGCUUAGGAUUCACUGUCCAUUGUCUGAUCAACACAUUGCUGGAAGAUUUAGACAGACACGAUAUGCAGGAAGUGAUCUUUGUUCUAUUUAUAUGUGUUAUUUAUAUAAUUCAUUAAUACCACAUGCAAAAGCAAUAAAAAAUACUCUCAAGUUCGAUUGUACAGGAAGUGCUGCAGGAGCAGAGUGUUUCCCCAUGCGCGCACACACACGCCAGGUUCGUAGUUUAUUAUCCAUAACUUAGAGCGACUCUGUCACCCAAUUCUUACCUUGAUUCAAUCUUUUCCUCUUCUUUUAAUCACUAAAAAUCGGUGGUACUUUUCUUAUUUUUCAAUCUUUUUCUAUUAAAAUACAUAAUACAAAUUAAUGUUUACGUUGUCUUACACAUUUUUCCUCUGUUUGACAAAACUUGAAAAAACAGCGCUAUACUAUGUUUGUCAAGUUUUGAACAAGGGCAUUGACUUACUGGUCAAGAGAAUAUAUCUACGAGGUUCCUGCUCCUCUGUAUACCUCGUGUUGUACUGUUGCACACACCUGCAAGUAUAGUAUACUUGCGAGUAUAGCACUGGUGUUGGCUAAAGGCAGAUAAAGUGCUAUGAGCUAGUGAGGAUGCAGAUGGCAUUGGCUAUGAGGGAUAGCUUCAGAUAAGUAAAACACACUUUCCCUUGCACUUCUGCAUCACCGGACACCAAGCGGUGAUAUCACCUUCGGGGUUCUUUGCAAAUAAUGCAGAGACACAAGAAGUUGAAACAGCCUUCAAACCGGCCACAUUGGGUAAUUUUGAAAAAUAAAAACAAAUGAAACUGUGCUGGGGUUUAUUCUCUAAAUCUAGAAUUGUUGUGGACUACAAUAGAAUUGCAAAUGUAGGCCAAAAAAAGUUAGUGAAUCAAAGAUGCAGGUUAGUGAAUGUGUUUGUGUCAUUGCAGAAUUAACGAUGAGUUUGUUAAGCAGUUGGAGCUGUUUGAAGCGAUGGGCUGUCAGGUGGAUAUGACAUGUUCAAUCUACAAACAAUAUCGAUUACAGAAAGUGACCGAGAAAUAUCCUGGUGAGUUUUGUAAUUCUACUCUAAGGCUAGACCAUAUUGCUGCUUAGCUUUGAAUAUGACUAACUAUUUUACCAGAUGACUAUUUAUUUAGUGAUCAGACUUGCAUGUCUUCUGGUUGGUGAUGCACCAUGCAGUCAGACUAAAUCGUUUUCAUUUUCACUAUUAAUACUGCUGCCACAAAAAUACUAUUGCUCCCAUAGAACUCACUGGGAUAUUGUAAGAAUACGAUGGGUGCCUGAAAAUGCACGUUCCAAUGACAUACCAAUAUAGAGCUAUCCAAAUGGAAUGAUAAUUUAUUUAUGUGAUGGCUGGUCUAAUUUGCUUUGCGCAAGCAACAAGCUCGCGGCGCCAUUUUUGUGACUGUUUUCCAUGUACAUAGGUAUCUCUGUAUUACAGGCAUCUGUGUAUUGUGUACUUGUAUUAUACCCAGCAGUGUGUGUGUCUGUAUAUGCAGCUGUGGGUCAACAGAGGGGGAGGACAGCAGCUCUCUAUCCAGGCAUAAAGUAAAGUCAGGUGUGAAAUGUAUUUUGUGGGCUAAUCAGGUUAAAUGUUGCACUGUGAGUGAUCACCUGCUGUGUAAGGAAUCACUAUGUAGCUUUGUUGUUUUUUUUCCUGUGCCCUGUUCUGUAUCCCCAUUGGUGAAAUGUUUGUGCAAUGUUUAUUUUACUUUAUGCUGGAGCUAUAUACAAUAAACAGAUUCCUGUUGAGUUGCCAAGAAAGAAGCUAGUUUGUCUCUUUUUUGAGGUCUCACAAGAUAUGGCUAUUCACUGAUAGCUGCUAAUAAGAGUAUUGCCACAGGGAUGCGCAAAUCAUAUCGCCCGACGUCUGGGACAUGCAGUUCCGGGCGCCGGGUAGGUUGUUAUUUUUUGCUUUUAGCCCUGCUGCGGUCUAACAGCAGAGUUAAAGGGCAGAGUGACUUGUCAGGUGUGUGCUGCCGGGUGUAAGGCCCCUCCAGUCUGCCCUGAGAGGGAGAGAACCAGCGCCUCCAGUCUGCAGGUCCGCCGGGUGUGAGCUACAGACUGUGCAUUGUCUCGCGAUCGCUGACCAAUCACAGUGUUGCCGCAGGCUACCAUGGGAACACUCUGACUUAUGGAGAUCGCGAGACAAUGCACAGUCAGCAGGUCACACCCAACGGAGCUGCAGACUGGAGAGACAGCCAACUGGGCCACCAGGGAGACAGGAGGCUGGGCCACCAGGAAACACAAAGGUAUUUCUAACACCCCUCCCUCACUUUUCAACCAGUCACCCAUCAACUUUUGUCCAGUCCCUGCAGUCCCUGCAGCGGUCACAAGUGAUGACUGUGUGAGUCAGAAAUCGAUCUAUGGAGGAUCCUGUGGAAUUAUGGGAUCCACCAUAAACCUCAGUGCUAUACUCUCGUGGCUCCUGACAAAUGAAGCUCCAGGUGUUUCAGAAAACCACCAGGACAAGGAUGACAGUAGCCACGAGGAACAUCUUUAGAUAAGUUAAGCUUACCUUUCCUUCGACCACCUGAUCGGUCAUCUUCAUGGGUCUUUGCAAAAGUGAGAGAUGUGCUUUAACUAUGAAUUGUGGGAAAACUACCAAUGCAACUGACAAAGCUUAAUCUAAAAGAACAGAACUAGAAUAAAAUUCUUCAUUGCAGUCAUUUCUCGCCUUUGACAGCUCCCUUGUCAAUUCUGGACAGUUUCCAGUUUAGAAAAUGAAUCUGAUAUUUGCACUUGGUUCUGUCCCUUUAAACUUGUUUCAAUUACUUUUCCAAUUUAAUGAACUGUCCGUUUGAUUUUUGUAAAAACAAUGAUAUUCAAAUAAUGUAUAACUACAUUACACUAUCCCUUUAGGAUCACUAUUUGAAUAUUCUCUCUGAAUACCUAUUUCAGAAUUGCAAAAGCUACCACGGGAAGUGUUUGCGUCUGACCCCAGCUCCCUCGGUCAAACUGCCGAGACUCUCUACCGAUGUAGAAAAUGCAGGUAUCUAUUAGCUAACGAUGUGAAGAUGUACCUACAUACAGCCUUUUUAGUUAAGUUUGAGCUAAGUCUGCUUUUUAACGUUUUACAUGCAUUUAUUACAUCAUUUUUAUCACAAUUUAAAGGGACACUAAAGGCACCCAAAAACUUAAUGGGGUUGUUUUGGUGUAUAGAUCAUGCACCUGCAGUCUCACUGCUCAAUUCUCUGACAUUUAGGAAUUUAAUCACUUUAUUUUAUGCAGCCCUAGUCACACCUCCUUGCAUGUGGCUUGCACAGUCUUUCUAAACACUUCCUGUUCAAAGUCAUCAAAUGUUUACACUUCCUCUAUUGCGUAUUGCCUUCUAGACCCUGCAUGAUCUUCCUGUGUGUGAUUAAAGUUAAAUUUACAGAGCAGGAGAUAAAAACUGCUAAAGCCAGUUAACAUCUGAUGGAAAAAUGAAAAACAUUUUUUUUUUCUUCAUAGAAGCUGUGUCAGUCACAACCAGGGUUAGGUGUGUCUUGGACAAGAUAAACAGAAACAAAAGUGAUUUAACUCCUAAAUGGCAAUUAAUUUGGCAGUGAGAAUGCAAGAGCAUGAGCUAUACACCAAAACAGCAUCACUAAGCUAACCUUUUUGGUUAGAUCACUGGGACCUCAUCAUGCAAAAAACAAAAAAAAGGCAUAAAGCAUAUACCUGUAUUCCAUUGCUGCUCCUCCUUUGACAAAGUUAUACAUUUUGAUGACCCACACUUUAGUGGUUAUGGUGCUUUUUGUUUAUUUAGGACUUUAUCAUUGCUUUUCCUUACAGACGCUCAUUGUUCCGGGCCACCAGUAUCCUCAGCCACGUCGUAGGUGAUGGUCCUGCUGCAUUUGCUCAUAAGAAGUUGAAUUCAGCCACCUCCGCAUUAGACCUGAAGAAGUGUACUUCCUAUUUUGUGGAGCCUGUGCAGUGGAUGGAGGAGACUCUGCUGGGUGUAAUGGAUGGUCAGGUAGGAUCAGAAGACCCUGUUUCUUUAAAUAUCACCAUUUUCUUGUACUUGUUACAUUCAACUCUAUGAACAUUGCAGAAGCAGAGCUACAUUUGCAAGUUGUAACUGUUUUUGGUUCUAGCAUUUUCCAAUAGUUCAGAUACUUCAUUUAUUUUUCCCAUAUUCCGGAGUAGAUACAAAACAGUCCUAUUAAAGGGACAGCCAGACUCCUAAAGCACUUCUGCUUGCUAAACUGUUUUAUAUGUAGACUGUCCUUUUUAUUUAUUUACUUAUUUUUUAUAAAAAGUGUAGAUUUCAAUAGAAAUUGACACUUUUAUAAAUUGACCUUGUUACAAACCUCCCCGCUGGCAAUCAGGUAACAGAUCAGAGACAUCAAUUGCCCAGAGCGCCUGCCUUGCAAAGACUUCUCAAUAAUUGCAGUUAGAAGUCUGUGAUUGGACAACUACAGAAAGUCUGGGCGGGGCUAGAAGGGGGAGGGUUUCUAAAGGCUGUAGACAAGAGAUCCGCAGCCAUUUUAGAUAUACCACAAAUGAAUGGUUUUUUUUCCGAAAGGUAUAGCUAUUAAAAACUGAUUUUUAUUUUUUAUAAUUUGGGCAGCGGAGAGUCCCUUUUGAAUAUUUUGAUUGUAUACACUAAAAAAAAGUGUGUGUUUUUUUUUUUUUUUUUUAAUACAUUGCAUAAAUAAUUUAUAUAAAAAAGUAUGCCAAAGACUACCAAUCUAAAAAAACACAAGAUAGAAAGUACCAUUGCCAAAGACUACCAAUCUAAAAUAACACAAGAUAGAAAGUACCAUGUUUUAGGAUUCCCUAAACUGGUGCACGUAUUUACACACAGUGGCGUACAUACCAGGGUCGCGGCUGCAACCGCCCGGCCCACCAGGGGGCCCCGCCCCUGCGACCCGGUAUGUACACCCAGGCCAGCCUCUUCCCCUGGGGGGCCCAGGAGCCGACCACCCCAGGGCCCCCCGAGGCUGGCCCUGCUGACCCGUCGGGCGGGCAGAGGCGCGGGCGCGCGAGGGAGCACUCAGUGCUUCCUCUUCAGCUCCCUCGCGCACCCAAUGAUACCGGAGCCGGAAGAUGACGCAUCUUCCGGCGCCGGGCCUACGCGGCGCGCGAGGGAGCUGAAGAGGAAGCACUGAGUGCUCCCUCGCGCGCCCGCCUUCCUGCCCGACCGGCUGCCCGCCCGCCCAGGAGCCCAGCAGCACCACUGGACCCCAGGGAAUCCCCCCAGCACUCCAAAAGGUAAGGAGGCUGGGGGGAUUAAAUUUUAAAAAAAAUGUGUGUUUGUGUUAGUGUGUGUGUUAGUGUGUGUGUUAGUGUGUGUGUGUGUUUGUGUGUUUGUGUUUGUUUGUGUGUUUGUGUUUGUUUGUCUGUUUGUGUUUGUUUGUCUGUUUGUGUUUGUUUGUCUGUUUGUGUUUGUUUGUCUGUUUGUGUUUGUUUGUGUUCGUGUGUGUGUCAGUGAGUGUGUCUGUUAUUGGGUGUGUGUCUGCUAGUGAGUGUGUUACUGUGUGUGUGUGUUACUGAGUGUGUUUGAUGUCUGUUAGUGAGUGUGUGUUUGUCAGUGAAAGUGUAUGUUUUGUAAGUGAGUGUGUAUGUAUGUCUGUCGCUGAGUGUGUCUCUGUCAGUAAAUGUGUGUGUCUGUUAGCUAGUGUGUAUGCGUCUGUUCGUGAGAAUGUGUGUGUGUGUGUCUUCAGCAUUUACCUUUCUCCAGCGUCGGACUCCCUUGGCGCUGGGGAUCCCUCCGCCUCUCAGCUCCGAAUGCACACGCGCAGCAAGAGGCGCGCACGCGCUUUUAAACCGCCCAUAGGAAAGCAUUACUCAAUGUUUUCCUAUGGACGUCCAGUGUCUUCUCACUGUGAUUUUCACAGUGAGAAUCGCGGAAGCUCCUCUAGCAGCUGUCAAUGAGACAGCCACCAGAGGCUGGAUUAACCCUCAGUCAUAGCCGCUUCUAUGAAACGGGCUAUGUUUUCAGCUGCAGGGUUAAAACUAGGAUUUCCGGCACCCAGACCACUUCAUUGAGCUGAUGUGAUCUGGGUACUGUAGCGGUCCUUAUGUGUGUGCAUACCGGGCGUCGCUGGGUCGCAGCCCUGCAACCCCCGCGCAUUGCGGUGCCCACACCGCCAUGUUAAGUGCCCCAACACGCCGCAGUUUCGCACCGGGGCCCCAUGGGUCAUGUGUACGCCACUGCCUACACAUUACAUGAACAUUGAGAUUUACCCAUUCCCAAAAGUAGAUUGGUCUAUACAAUAACCCAUACAGUGAUGGCAAAAUGGCCGAAACAUGUCCAGCAGUGCAGACUACCUACACCAAAAUGGGAGGCUCUUGAUUGGCCAAACUAUUUAAUGGUGGCAGAGUUUUCAAAUGAUUAUGUAUUGUUUAAGGAUUUGCAUAUAAAGAAAGAACUUUUAAAGGUAUGCGUUUUCUAUUUACUAUUUAAUUUGGUUAUUUUUAACAUUAUUUUUAUUUAAUUUGUUUUAUUAAUGAAUCGUCUAUACCAGGGAUAGGCAACCUUCGGCACUCCAGAUGUUUUGGACUACAUCCCCCAUAAUACUCUGACACCCAUAGUGCUAGCAAAGCAUCAUGGGAGGUGUAUUCCAAAACAUCUGGGGUGCCGAAGGUUUCCUAUGCCUGGUCUAUACUAUGCAUUAAAAAGAGCCAAUCCCAACCUGGAGUGCUCAUUUAUGUGGACAGCAAGGACAACCACAGUUGUCUGUCGUGCCUUAUAACAAAUCUAUAUUAACCAUAAUCAAUCCAUUGCUUUAUUAUUUUUCCCCCUCCAGCUUCUUUGCCCAAAAUGUAGCUCCAAGCUUGGUUGCUUCAACUGGUACGGUGAGCAGUGUUCGUGUGGCCGCUGGGUCACUCCGGCAUUCCAAGUGCAUAAAAACAGAGUGGAUGAGGUUAAGGCCGUGCAGAUCCGUGGCAUACAGACAUGAAAUCAAACGUUUUAUGGAGCAAAUCCUCUUGGAACUAAUGCACGGAGACGGACAUGGAAAUUUUUUGCCUUGGAGAUACUUAUGGGACUAUAUGCAGGCUUCUUCAGUCGUAUUUCAUUUUGGAAUUCGCUUAUCUUAGAAUGCAUUCUGUGACUGCAUGUUGGAGAGAGAGAGAAGUGCAGAGAGGAGGAUUUUGCGUCACCUGCAACAACAUAAAAAGUUUCCCAUAGCGGUUUCUUAGCAUCCACUCUAAAUAAGCAGUACCUCUGCUAUAUAUAUUCUUACCUUAAAGGACCACUAUAGUGCCAGGAAAACAUACUCGUUUUCCUGGCACUAUAGUGCCCUGAGGGUGCCCCCACCCUCAGGGACCCCCUCCCGCCCGGCUCUGGGGAGAGGAAAGGGGUUAAACUUGCAACUUUUCAGGCGCUGGGCUCG